GCAAUGUGCAGUGCAGUCACAUCAGCAGUUGUGGUACGGCUGCAGCAGCGUCCCUGACGCGCAGAGGCUGCCUACUCUCCAUACCGCGGGGGAUAAUCCCAAAAUUCUUGGUUUGCGACCCAACCGCAAACCCACGAUCCUCGGAGAAAGAUACUUUUGUUUAGCACCCAAUCCGCCAUCCAUGGCUUCAUCCGGGAGUGGAAUGGAGGAAGUGCGCGUUUCGGCGUUGACACCCCUGAAGUUGGUGGGCUUGGUGUGCGUCUUCCUCGCGCUCUGUCUGGAUGUCGGGGCUGUGUUGAGCCCCGCGUGGGUAACCGCGGAUAACCAGUACUACCUGUCUCUGUGGGAGUCCUGCUGGAAGCCCGUCACCUCGGACACAUGGCAGUGCAACACCACACUCGAGACUGACUGGCAGAUUGCCACGCUGGUUCUGUUGCUGGGUGGUGCAGCCCUCAUCCUGUUCUCCUUCCUGGUGGCCCUGGUGUCAGUGUGGUUCGGCUCCAGGAGCCACUGCUAUAGACCCAUCGCUGUCAUGCUGUUCGCUGCAGUGGUGCUCCAGGUCUGCAGUUUGAUCCUCUACCCUGUUAAGUUCAUUGAGACGGUCAGCCUGAGGAUAUACCACGAGUUCAACUGGGGCUAUGGCCUCGCCUGUGGGGCCACCAUCUUCUCUUUUGGAGGGGCCAUUCUCUACUGCCUCAACCCCAAGAACUAUGACGACUACUACUAAACCCUGCAAGAUUAGAGAGGAGGAGAGGCCUCUACACAACUUCAUUUCCCCCCACACUGGCUGUGAAAGCAGCUGAAACACUGAACCUUAUCGAACUGGUAGAGAAAACACAUGUUCACACACAUCAAUUGGAGAAUCAACAACAGUAGUGUCUAUCUAUACAUUCAAACCUUUACAAUACUGUACUAUACCAGACUUAAAGGGACACGCUUUAGCAUAGUAUGAGCUUGUGGCCUCCACAGGCAUCUCCGCCUGUGUUGUGACCGACAUCUGCCAUAGGUUAAGUGGUGAGGCUAAAGAGCCCAUCAGACAGUUCAAUGGAAUACUACUUACCAAUCAGAUUCACCAGUGAAAUCAUGUCCACAUUCUGAGCCAACAGUAGGUCCCCUUUAAUGCAGGAACUCCAGUAGGAAUUGGCAGCACAAUGCUUUGUCAUGAAUAAACCACAGAGAAGGGACAGCUGAGAGUGACGGACACACAGACCAAUCGGAGAGCAGAGGGAUGGGCCAGGUGGACAGAUUGAUCUUGAGGAAAGGAAGGUGACUCACCUAAGAAAAGGAAUCAAGGAUGCAUGACAUCGCCCCCACUCAUAUAAGUGAUUACCUUUGCUUGUGCCUUUAUUUAAUCUGUGCCAAUCUAAAAGAAGAUUGGAUGGGUUAAGGCAGGCAGCCUAGAGUCAUUUGCUUUUACCUAUACUGCUCCUCUAGAUCCGUGCAGAUGAAGGGAAGGCGAAAUGUGUAGAAUUGCAGAAAACUAGUUGUAAAACUCUUGAUUCUCUCCACCCAUGGCAGAAUGUGUAGAAUUGCAACAAACUUGCUUUUAAAACUGCAACAUUUUCUCUACGCCCCAUGGAAGAAUUUGUAGAAUUGGAGGAAAUUGAAACUCUAAAACUCUUUUUUCCCUCUCCGCUGUCAAGAGGGGACGCUAAAAUGCUCGCAGGAUGGCCCCCCCCACCCAACUAAAUUUCACUCAGGGCCCCCAAAAGGCUAGGGCCGGCUCUGACUGCCUGUGUGGGUAUGGAUGUGGGUACGCAGACCUGCAAUCCACUGCUGCCCCUCGUGAUGAGUUCAGAUUUUUUAUGGCCCCCAACUCUAAUCUAAAACCAACUGCACCCUGCGGCCUAACCCCAUCCGUGCCUGCUUCGAAUAGCAGCAGUUGUAUGAUAUGUAAAUAGAGUAGUUAGAGGUGCUUUUGUGUGGUAAAUGCAUUUCUAAUACAGUAAAUUAGAGAAGUAGUAGUAGUUUAUUUAAAGGGACAAUGUGCAAAUAAAAACACGUUUCAGACAGUGAAAUAUGAUGCUUGCACCAGAAUACGCUCAACACAGCUAAUUUUAAUCCACAGUCCCUAACUAAGCAAUACGAAAUACAUAAACAUACCUAAAUCCACACACAUCACUCAUACAGUAGUAUAGUACAAUAUAACACAGGUGUGUCAAACUUAUUCCACGGAGGACCAAGUGUCUGGGCUUUUUUUUCAGUUUAAUUAAGACCUAGACAAGCAGGUGUGGGGAGUUCCUUACUGAUUAGUGACCUUAAUCCAUCAAUCAAGUACACUCGGCCCUCUGUGGAAUGAGUUUGACAUAUGUGAUAUAACAGAUGAAAACAAACACAAGAAACAUAAAAUACAACUAAUAGAAUAAAACACAUUGAGACUUUUGUGCAUUAAGAAUUAGUCAAUGUCUGCAGGAUUGAUGCACCUUGAUCCAAGCUUUGAUUUAACCUCCAUUGGAGAAGGAUUUAAAGUCGCUAGUGCUUCUGAAGGUAGACGGGCGGGAAUUCCAUUUUCUGAUGACUGAGGUGGAGAAUGCUGACUUUCCAUUCCUUUUAGGAAUGACACAGUCUCCUCUCGUUGAGGUUCAGGUCGCUGCUGUUUUGUUCCGCAACCUGGUCUCAAAGCGUUUUGCUUAAUUCUGUAUGCAAAUCCAUGCCACUUCAUUUAGUAUCAUAGAAGAUUUGACAUGUUUGAUAUGUUGGGUUUUGUGUGGUAUGUAUUAAUUUGUGGAUGUCCAUCACCCAUUUCGUACAAUAUGUUACGAAUUCUAGCUAGGUGGCUAACGUUAGCUAGGCUAGGGGUUUGGGUUAAGUUUCGGAGUUAGGUUAAAGGUUAGGGGAAGAGUUCGCUAAAAGGGUUGAGGUUAGGGUUGGGGGAAGGGUUAGCUAACAUGCUAAGUAGUUGCAAACUAAUGAAAAAAGUUGUAAGUAAUUGAAAAGUUGCUAAUUAGCCAAAAUGGGCCGUGAUGAAAUUCUAACACACAACCUUUGGGUUGCUAGAUGUUGGCAUUAAACACCCACCCAACUUUCAUAUUUACCAUAAGUAACCAUCUGUCUUAUGUAACCAUACCAAACGUAACAUAUUCAUUUCAGUGUCCCGGAUUUACAUGUACUAUGUUACGCCUAGUCGGAGACCAGGCUGUGUUCAGAGCUUAAAAUGACAAAAUCUUUCAGAGGUGGGGGUGCAACAUAGUUGAUAAUCUUAUCAACUAGACAGACAACUGAGAAAACUAAGUUUUGUAUUUGGGGCGAUUACUAUGGCGAUGGUAAUGUGAUUUCCUGUCAAGGAUAUUCAGUGCUUGUUUACAUAGAGAUCGAAGGGGCUUAAUUUAUGUUUCAUUGGCUUGAGGCCAGCUGGUUAUACAAUAGGUGAGAGAAGAUCCUUGCAUGUAAAUUCAUCUUGAUGUAUCGGAAAUUUGAAAGACAUAUCCGAUUUUGCUGGACAUCUUAAUGUUCUGUUGUUGUUCAAAGUAGGGUCUAGGUCAAUGCCCAAAUAUUUAAACUCUGUGGAUGAGUAUGUCUGGGUAAGCAUGUUUAGUUUUGUGGAGAAUUACAUCACUGCAGUUGUUCCCACAUUGACGUUGAGCCAUUUAGCCACUUUCUCCAAUGAUGUGUGUGAAGAAGGCAAAUGACCAUUGUGUGUGUGAGAGGCCUGGAGCGAUAUGAUCAGUCACUCCCACACUCCCCAUGCGAUGCCUCUUAUUGGUUCAAACCAUUGGGAUCUGCAUCCCAAACGGCACCCCAUUCCCAAUUUCGUGUAACGCUCGUCUUGAAUACUCUGUAUUCAAGACAAGAGUAUAUUUGUCUAGAAUAUACUACAGUUCCUGAUCCAUAACAUCUUAAAAUGAAAGUUAGUUGGCCUUUAUAUUAAAAACAACAGGUAAAUGGAGUGUGUAGGAAUGCAUGUGUGCUUGGAGGUAGAAAGUGUGUGCGUAGGAGCAGCGAGGCGUGCGUGUGUGUGUGUGUCGAGAGUGGAUGAGUAUGGAUUGCUGCUGCCGUGUGGCUGACGCCUAUUAGUUUGUUCACUACCACAAUAAAACAGGUAAUGGAAAAAGACAAGUGUGUGUGUGCUUUUCAUUUGCAAAGGGGGGGGACCACAUCAGAGCAAGCAGUAGUGCAUUGAAUGAAAUGCCACUAAACUACAGGAAAGAUAUUCCAGGCGUAAAGCAUCCGUCACAUAGAAUCAGCUCCUUUAUUAAGUACAGCAACUUGAGGCAUUUGCACGGGGAAAUCUUUUUUUUUUUAAACAUGGAAUACAGUGUGGGCAUAAUAUGCAUAAAAGUACCAGGAAUAUAUUCAUAUGCAAGCCUCUUUAGUGUUCUUCAUUCGAUGAAAGAAGGUGCUCUUGGUACAGAGCUGAUACAGUGUAUAAUCUACAUUAGGAUUAGUUCAUCAGACCCUUUCUUUAUGCAAUUGCAUUGUCCCACUGCCAGAGAGUGCAGCCCUGGUCAUUUUGUAAGGGAAAGAACGUCCGCCCGUCGGUAGGGUUUGGGAAUGGGCUCAGUCGUGUAAACAGGACAAUCUCAUUCAUUCUGCAAUGGAAUGUUCAUCGGAUAAACCACGCCGCCUCCUCCGUUUUCUAAAAACAACGCUUCAUUGGCUGUUCUGUAGCCACUGCCACUGUCCACACAGCUAGUCCCUCCCUUUUGGGUUGCCAUGGGAAUAGUCUCCUGCUGUCCU